CGCCAUUGCGCGAUAAGGCUCUGUGAAGUGUGAAGGUGUGUGGAUUGAGCAACUCAGAGUGGCGAAAAUGGCUUACCAUGUUUGCUCCUCCCCUUCCCUCCACUCUCUCUCACCGUCGAUCGGUUCUUCGUCUUCUUCAUUCAAAUUCAGCCACAAAAUCCGAAACUUUGCUUCCUCCUUUCAACCACCCUCCACUCCGCUAACGCCUUCUCAAUCAAGAACUUUUCUCCACGCCAACCGCGUCUCGCUGCAGGAAUCGGUUCCGAAGCUAGCCGAAGACGCUGACAUUGAAAAAGAUUCCAAAUUUGAGGACCCAGUCGAAAAAUCCUCGUCUUCCUCCAAGAAUUACGUGUGGGUCAACCCCAAAAGCCCCCGAGCCAAACAGCUUCGGAAGAAGUCUUAUAAUACAAGGUACACUAAUCUUGUUAAAAUUGCAAACUCUUUGGACUCGUGCAACCCCACUGAGCAUGAUGUCUCUGAAAUUCUCAAGAGCUUGGGGGAUAAGGUUUUGGAGCAGGACGGUGUAAUUGUUCUCAAUAACAUGGUGAGUUCCCAAACCGCACCUCUUGUUCUCAAAUACUUUCAGAAUAAGAUUAGACCGUCUAGGGAGGUGAUUCUUUACAAUGUGACCCUCAAAGUGUUUAGGAAGUGUAAGGAUUUGAAUGGAGCAGAGAAGCUGUUUGAUGAAAUGCUUCAGAGAGGGGUCAAACCUGAUAAUGUUACAUUCUCAACUAUAAUUAGCUGUGCUAGGAUGUGUUCGCUGCCUGAUAAGGCUGUUGAGUGGUUUGAAAAGAUGCCCACCUUCGGGUGUGAGCCCGACGAAGUUACAUACUCGGCCAUGAUUGAUGCUUAUGGACGAGCUGGUAAUAUUGAUAUGGCUUUGAGCCUCUAUGAUCGUGCCAGAACAGAGAAGUGGCGAAUUGAUACCGUGACUUUUGCAACAUUGAUUAGAAUGUAUGGUGUGGCCAAAAAUUACGAUGGGUGUUUAAAUGUCUAUGAAGAAAUGAAGGUUCUUGGCGUUAAGCCUAAUAUGGUUAUCUAUAACACUCUGUUGGAUGCCAUGGGGAGAGCUAAGAGGCCAUGGCAGGCCAAGAGUAUAUAUAAAGAGAUGACUAGCAAUGGAUUUUCACCAACUUGGGCGACCUAUGCAUCUCUCAUACGAGCCUAUGGCAGAGCACGAUUUUGCGAAGAUGCACUCAUUGUCUAUAAGGAAAUGAGGGAAAGUGGGCUGGAGAUGAAUACACUUCUUUAUAAUACCCUUCUAGCUAUGUGUGCUGAUGUUGGCUACAUAGAUGAAGCAUUUGAAGUUUUCGAAGAUAUGAAAAGUUCUGGGACUUGCAAUCCCGAUAGUUGGACCUUCUCAUCCUUGAUUACCAUAUAUUCUUGCAGUGGGAUGGUUUCACAGGCUGAAAAUACGUACAACGAAAUGGUUGAAUCUGGAUUUGAGCCUACUAUUUUUGUGCUGACAUCACUUGUCCAGUGCUAUGGAAAAGCCAAGCGUACGGAUGACGUUGUGAAGACAUUCAAUCAACUAUUAGAUUUGGGACUCACUCCAGAUGAUCGCUUCUGUGGGUGUCUUCUGAAUGUUAUGACCCAAACACCAAAAGAAGAACUUGGGAAGCUAGCAAAUUGUCUGGAGAAAGCUAAUCCAAAGAUCGGGUCUGUGGUGAGAUAUUUGGUGGAACAGAAGGAGGGAGAUUUUAGAAGUGAUGCAUCAGAACUGUUCAAUUCAGUUAUUGAUGCGGUAAAGAAGGCCAUUUGCAAUUCUCUUAUUGAUCUCUGUGUCAACCUGGAUUUGUUGGACAGAGCUUGCGAGCUUCUCGACCUGGGCUUGACACUCGAGAUAUAUACAGAAGUACAGUCCAAAACUCAAACUCAGUGGUCGUUGCAUGUAAAGAGUCUCUCACUUGGAGCCGCGCUGACCGCAUUUCAUGUCUGGAUAAAAGAUUUGUCUGAUGUUUUGGAAUCUGGAGAGGAACUUCCACCUCUGCUUGGAAUUAACACUGGGCAUGGGAAGCACAAGUAUUCAGAUAAAGGUUUGGCGAAUGUAUUCGAAUCACAUUUGAAGGAACUGAAUGCUCCAUUCCACGAAGCUCCCGAUAAGGCUGGCUGGUUUUUGACUACACUGGAAGCAGCUAAAUCAUGGCUGAAAUCUAAGGGUUCGCCUGAAUUAGUUGCUGAAUGAUUCAUGAAAUUUAUGUUCUCCGUUUUUAUAUUGUAAUGUUUUUCCAGGGAAUGAUGAACCAUGUAAUUUAUAUGCGUUUUCA